AGUAGAAAUUGGCAAGUGGCAACCCAAAUUAGAUUACAAAUGGCUGAAAAGCUAACUUUGGCGUAUUAUUUGUAAAGUGUUUUCACAUGGUUUAAAAGUGACUUUAUCUGACUGUAUAUAUCGUCAUACCUCUAAUAGACUCAUAUUAGUUGAAGUGCUUAAAAUGAAGAAAGUGCGGGCGAUAAAACAUUGUCUCUGAAGAAGAAAUAGCUGUUGGUUAACCUCAUUCAACCAGAGAAAAAAUGGAGCUUCCACAACCUCCACAAGAUCAAGAUCUUCGCAACAUAAUUGACAAACUCGCUCAGUUUGUCGCCAGAAAUGGUCCGGAGUUCGAGAAGAUGACCAAGAAUAAACAAAAGAACAACCCGAAAUUCAGCUUUCUCUACGGCGGCGAAUUCUUCAACUAUUAUCAAUAUAAAGUGACGACAGAACAAGCAAUUCUAAAGCAAUCGACCGGUGGCCAGCCGGCAUCCGCUCCCGCCGGGGCUUAUAUGGCACAGAACAGGCAAUAUGUAAUGCCCCAACAGGCCGGCGCUUCGGCCGCUCAGCUCGGCCUGGCGGCGUCGAUGGCGGCGGCGCCGGCGCUGCAGCAAUGGCUCGCGGCCAACUCCGCGCCUCCGACCGCCGCUCUCCACUCCCAUGAUACGGACAACAUCACCGCACAAAUCAACAUGCUUAAAGAGCAAAUUACACAGUCUGAGAAUAACCUCAAUGCCCAGCAUACUGUGUUGAUCCAACAACAACAAGCCAAGAUCAACGAGCUGGUGAGCAAGGCUCAAGUGGAGACCAUACAGUUGAUGGCAGAGGAGAAUAAUAUCAGCCUCGCAGAAUUAGAUACCAUUUUGCAACCUAUAAUUGACACAUGCACUAAAGACAGCAUCUCCUCAGGAAAAGGUUGGAUUUUACAACAUGCGACAUCAAAUGACGCCGGCAAAGUAAUAUCGCAGCACCUCCUGAGAAAAGUCACUCAGUCGGGCGCGCCUUUCACACAAAAACUGCACAUCAUAUACCUUGUCAACGACGUCUUACACCAUUGUGCACGCAAAAACGCUGAAGAUCUCAAGAAAAAUUUGGAAAAUGUGGUGGUUCCAAUGUUUUGCAAUGCCAGUAUAGCUGUGACUGAAGAGCAGGAGGCUAAGUUAAACAAGCUGCUCCGGCUCUGGGAGUCCAAGUCCAACUACUUCGAGCCAUCCGUCAUUGACAAAAUGAAGAGUCCCACCAGCUCCUACCAAGAGUACCAGAACAAUUUGAUCGCUCAACACUCAAACGCAAUCGCUCAUUUAACACAACAAACCAAAUCCACAGUUGAAAACUACCAAACACAACAUCAAGCAUUUGUUGCUCAUACAAUGCAGCAAAUACAACAAUUAGAAAUGCAAAAACACGCACUGGAAAUGCAGAAUAAUCACGACGACAAAGAUAAUAUGCCCCACAACAAUAUUCCCAAUUUCCAAAACAACAACUUUAAUGAUCAAGGAUUCUCACAAAUAAGUGGAUAUGAUCAAAAUUUUAAUUCAAACAGUCAGCAGUACGGCAGUGAAAGCGGAGAUAAUUACGCGUCGAACAACAGCAUGAGUGGGAAUGAAAACAGCUUUGACAGUCAAACAUUUGAUCAAAUCACAAAGUCCAAGAAGGAUGUGGUUGAAGAACCAGAUUUAUCAAACCUACCAAAUGUUAACUUCUCACAACCACCACCCGGAUUCGCGCCUAAAGAGAACCCAGCGUUACUAGCAUUCCAGAAUGGUCUUCCAGAUUUAAGUAAACCACCACCUGGAUUCCUGCCAUUUCCAGACAUUAAUAAUGACGAAUUAAUGCCUUCUGUACCAUAUUUUGAAUUACCCGCUGGUUUAAUGGUGCCACUUAUUAUGUUAGAAGACGACAGAUACAAACCCCUGGAUCCGGCGAGAGUGCGACUACCGCCGCCAGCGCCCCCCAACGAUCGGCUACUGGCAGCUGUCGAUGCUUUUUAUGCGUCUCCUAACCAUGAGCGACCAAGAGAUAAUGAGGGUUGGGAGAAGUUGGGUCUCUAUGAAUACUAUAAGGCUAAAAAUGCGGCUCGAAAAAGGAAAGAAGAAGCUAUAGCGCAGGGUUUCAGACAGAAGUCUAAAUCUCCAAGCCCUAUCCCUAAAGAUUUACAGAAGCAACCCACCCCUCCAGGUAGAAGAUAUAGAUCUAGAAGUAAGACACCAGAGAAGCCUUCCCCAGCCCGAUCGCGAUCACGGUCGCCAUCACCAAAAAGAAAAUCCAACAAUUCCUGGAGAAGAGAACGAGAGAGUCGUCGACGAUCUCGAUCCAGGUCAAAGUCAAGAUCACGCAGCAAAUCCAGGGAACGAGAAAGGCACAGGGACUCUCCGAAGUCCCGGCGUGUUGAACGUUCAAGAUCACCCACACCGCCGAGCUUUUUAGGUUCGUCGUAUCCCAGCACAUCAAGCGGUCUGGACGCUACCAAUAAGGGCCACCAGCUGCUACAGAAGAUGGGGUGGAGUGCGGGAGGACUGGGAGCUUCGGGGCAAGGCAUUGCGGAGCCAAUCAGCGGCGGCAUUGUUCGCGAUAAACAAGAUCAGUAUAAAGGUGUUGGCGUGAACCUCAACGACCCAUAUGAAAAUUUCAGAAAGAACAAAGGUGCAGCAUUUAUUACGAGGAUGAAGGAGAGAGCACUGGAGCGUUCAUCAUGAUCGCUACAGUUUUGAGACUUAUGUAAAUGUGUACAAUUGAGAAUGAGUGGUUGAAACAUGAUUUAUUUUAUCUAAAUCAUAAUUAAAAUAAAGUUAUUACAA